AAAUUGGAAUCUCCAAAGAAGAGGCACUGGAAGUGUUGCAGAUGGUGAGGCAGGAAUGUCUUGGGGAUGCAGGAAGGACUGCUGAGAUAUCAGGCACCACCAGAAAGUGCACAGCCCUGGAGCUUCUGGAAGAAGAGCAAGCCCAGGGCUUCAUCAUCACCUUUUGUUCAGCACUGGACAACAUCCUGGGAGGUGGUGUGCAGCUGACAAAAAUCACUGAGAUCUGUGGAGCACCUGGUGUUGGGAAGACACAGCUAUGUAUGCAGCUGGCAGUGGACGUGCAGAUCCCAGAGUGCUUCGGGGGUGUUGCUGGAGAAGCUGUGUUCAUUGACACUGAGGGAAGUUUUAUGGUGGACAGAGUGGUGGAGAUUGCAGCUGCCUGUGUGCAGCACUGCCAGCUGAUUGCUGAAGCUCAGCAAGAAGAAGAUCAUCUAAAAGCUCUGGAGUCCUUCUCUCUUGAAACAAUUCUUUCCCACAUAUAUUACUUCCGUUGUCGUGACUACAUAGAGCUUCUUGCCCAGGUCUACCUCCUCCCAGAAUUCCUCUCAGAGCAUUCCAAGGUCCGACUGGUGGUAAUUGAUGGAAUUGCCUUUCCUUUUCGCCACGACUUUGAGGACCUUUCCCUUCGAACGAGGCUGCUGAAUGGUCUGGCACAGCAGCUCAUCAUCAUAGCCAACGACCAUAAAUCAGCAGUAGUUCUGACAAACCAAAUGACAACAAGGAUUGGACAGAACCAGUCCACGUUGGUACCUGCUUUGGGAGAAAGCUGGGGACAUGCUGCCACUGUCCGUUUAAUCUUCCACUGGGACAACAGUCAGAGGUUGGCAACGUUGUACAAAUCACCGAGUCAGAAGGAGUCAACCAUUCCAUAUCACAUCACAGUUAGUAUUCCUUUGGGGAUGGAGAUUCAGAGAUGGGAGAAAAUUGUUACCUGUGAAGGAAUUUUCAGACACAAAUCUGAGAAUGAUGUUUGCUUUCCUAGUGUUGCCUUUCAGUUACCUUUUGAAG